GUCAGGAAGACUGAGUCCGGCGCCGGGAAGAGUGAGAGUGGGGUUUCCGGGUCUUGCGUCUAUAUCCUGCUUUUCUCUACUCUGGUCACCUUUGGCUUAGUAACAGCAACGACUGGUUAGUCGGCCCCGUGCCCUCCCUGGGUUGGGUGACCAGUUCUCAGUGUUUUUGAUCUCAGCGCUGUUGGCCUGGCCAUGCUGGGUUGUUUGGCUCAGCCUCCGGAUGCGACAACUUAAGCAUGAACCAUUUCCACAAAGAAUAGAUCAGUUUGUGCCCUACCACUUUCAAUCCACGUUGAGACAACAUUUAUGAAGAGGAAGAAUGUCUUCUAUAAAAAGAACCCCAAAGCAAGAAAUAAUUUCCCAGCUUCACCUUUCAGCUGCAGAAGGAGAUAUUGCCAGGUUAACAGUAAUCCUCAGUCAUUCCCCAUCUCUUCUCAAUGAAACUUCUGAAAAUGGCUGGACUGCUUUAAUGUAUGCUGCAAGGAAUGGGCACCCAGAUGUUGUCCAACUUCUACUUGAGAAAGGGUGUGACAGAUCCAUUGUCAAUAAAUCAAGGCAGACUGCACUGGAUAUUGCUAAAUUUUGGGGUUAUAAGCAUAUAACUAACUUACUAGCUAAUGCUAAAGGUGGGAUGAAGCCUUGGUUCCUAACUAAUGAAGUGGAAGAAUGUGAAAAUUAUUUUAGCAAAACACUAUUAGACCGAAAAAGUGAAAAAAGAAAUAAUUCUGACUGGCUACUAGCUAAAGAAAGCCAUCCAGCCACAGUUUAUAUCCUUUUCUCAGAUUUAAAUCCCCUAGUUACUCUAGGUGGCAAUAAAGAAAGUUUCCAACAGCCAGAAGUCAGGCUUUGUCAGCUGAACUACACAGAUAUAAAAAAUUAUUUGGCUCAGCGUGAAAAGAUCACCUUGGUUUUUCUUGGAGUAGAACUUGAAAUGAAGAAAGAGUCUUUGAAUUAUACUGGAGAAGUCCCAAGAGAAGAAGAAGAUGGGUUGGUUGCCUGGUUUGCUCUAGGUAUAGAUCCUGUUGCUGCCGAAGAAUUUAAGCAAAGACAUGAAAAUUGUUACUUUCUUCAUCCUCCAAUGCCUGCUCUUCUGCAAUUGAAAGAAAAAGAAGCUGGGGUUGUAGCUCAAGCAAGAUCUGUUCUUGCCUGGCACAGUCGAUAUAAGUUCUGCCCAACCUGUGGAAGUGCAACUAAAAUUGAAGAAGGCGGCUACAAAAGAGUAUGCUUAAAAGAAGACUGUCCUAGCCUCCAUGGUGUUCACAAUACAUCAUAUCCAAGAGUUGAUCCAGUUGUAAUCAUGCAAGUUAUUCAUCCAGAUGGGACCAAAUGUCUUUUAGGCAGGCAGGAAAGAUUUCCCCCAGGCAUGUUUACUUGCCUUGCUGGAUUUAUUGAACCUGGAGAGACAAUAGAAGAUGCUGUUCGGAGAGAAGUAGAAGAGGAAAGCGGAGUCAAAGUUGGCCAUGUUCAGUAUGUCUCUUGUCAGCCAUGGCCAAUGCCCUCCUCCUUAAUGAUUGGUUGCUUAGCUGUGGCAGUGUCUACAGAAAUUAAAGUUGACAAGAAUGAAAUAGAGGAUGCCCGCUGGUUCACUAGAGAACAGGUUGUGGAUGUUCUGACCAAAGGGAAGCAGCAGGCAUUCUUUGUGCCACCAAGCCGAGCUAUUGCCCAUCAGUUAAUCAAACACUGGAUUGGAAUGAACCCCAAUCUCUAAAUCAAAUAACUAGACUUUGAGUAUUAAUUGAAUUCUAAUAACUUAUUCCUCAAGUGAGAUUAGAAAUACUUAGUGCUCUUUGGAAUGUCACAACACAAAAUAUCAUAUUAGGUUUCGGAAAUAUUUUCAACAUGUACUUUCCAUCUUAACCAUAGAACUUGUGUUUUUAUAAAUUACAAGACUGCCUCAGAUUUUGUUAAAACCCAAGUCAGCCUCUCCAGAUACUUUUUUGGUUGUGCUCCACAAUUCUAUCUCACAAAACCAUAUUUCUAAUAAGAAAAAUCAUGUUGUAAAGACGUAUAUUCUAAAAAUGUAAACAAACAAAACAAUGUAAACAAACCUAAAUUCCACUGCCUCUUUUAAGCAUUAGACCAAUCACUAAAGUUCUAUUCUUGAGAAACCAGGCAAAAUAAUUUUAAUUAAUUUUAAGCUUCAUUUCCAGUCUUUUCAUUACCAUAAAGGUUCGUUCAGGCAUCAGUAGCUGAUUUUUGCUCACUUCGCAUUGUAUUCCACUUUUUUCUCCUGGUUUCAUUGUUCUAGCAGUGGUGCUGUUAUAGUCCUGCCACUCGUCUGUUUUGAUCAGUGUUAAGAAUUUUCUACUUUAGGCACCUGGGUGGCUCAGUUGGUUGGGCGACUGCCUUCGGCUCAGGUCAUGAUCCUGGAGUCCCAGGAUCAAGUCCCACAUCGGGCUCCCUGCUCGGCGGGGAGUCUGCUUCUCCCUCUGACCCUCCUCCCUCUCAUGCUCUCUGUCUCUCAUUCUUUCUGUCUCAAAUAAAUAAAUAAAAAUCUUUAAAAAAAAAAAAAAAAGAAUUUUCUACUUUAACAACUUUGCUGAUGAUCAGAAUACCAUGACUUCAUGAAAGGAGAGUUUAAAUGAGAGCAUACCACUAUGAAUGGGACCUCCUCCUUAAACCUAAAAUCAAUUAAUAUGUAUAAUUAUCUGUUACACUCAAAAGUUGUUUUUAAGAAAAAUCAAAACUCUGCUUUUUCACUGAAAUUAAAUGUAUUUGAAAGGAAUUCUCCUCAAAGAUCAGAUGUUAAAUAUUUCCCAGAUAGAUUUACAUAUUCAGUAAAAACACUGGCUUUAUGUCAUUUUGUGAUAAGGGAUUUAUCUGCAUUUGCAAAAAGUUAUGUAAUCAUUACUAAUUAUAUUUAUUAAACUCAAAUGCAGUAUUUUGAUUUUGGCCUUAUUUUAACACAUCCUAAGAAGUCUUUAUAAAAUAAGUAUAUCUUAGAACUGAAUCAGUAAGAUUCAGAGAAAAGUAAAUUGUAGUAAUUCACAGUUUUACAAUAUAGAACUGUCAUAUUUUAUAAGGCUGUUUUGAAAUUGUUUUAAAAGUCUGUAAAUGUAUAAAUUUAUAUAAUUUGGCUCUUUAUUAUUUUAUGUUGGAACUGGAAGAGACCUUAAGGAUAAUAUAUGUAGUUUAGUGACCUUCUCUUAUAGAUAAGGAAAGAGAAAUCCUGAGAGGUGAAUUUAAUUAAUCCAUUAAAGUUGAAUCAAUUAAUUAAUUGAUGAAAGUUACACAAUUACAACUUACCAUUGUUCAUAAAAUUAGUUGUAAUUAUAGUUAAAAACUUAAUUUUAACAAUAUAGCCUAAUGCAGGACUCUCCCUCUAAUAGGAAGUAGAAACUACUACUAAAAAUAUAGGUAGAAUAAAUUAAAAUAAGUGAUGAUAAGAAUCCAUUUAAUUUACCAAUACUGUUAAUUAAAAUUUUAGAUACUAAAAUCUAACUUAAAUAUGAUAAUUUUCUUAGAUAAAACUUUAUUUUACUAAUAAACAGUGAUUUUCUUAGUAACUGGUGAAAGCUUAUUGGUAUCAGGUCUUUAGACAAAAUUGACUUACAUUGGAUAUUUAGAUACAUAAUAAAAUUUUAACUACAUAAGUACAUAGGAAAUUAUGUGCCUUGAUUAUUAUGAAGUAUGAUGACUUGAGGUUCAGUUUUACUCCAAAUUUACUUAGAGAUUCUAAGAUUACAUCAUAAAGUUCCAGGUUUCCAUUUUCAGAUAACAAAGUGAAAUAUAAAAUAUCAACAAAAUGUAGUUAUAAAUUUAGUUUUGGAUAUUUAAUCCUAUUCUCAGGAAAAUCAGUAAGUAAAUUAUUGUUGUUAAUAAUCAUUCUUAACAUUGCUAACCUCUGAGAGGUGAAUAGCUACAUGUAAAUAGAAGGAAUAGCAAAGAAAUUUUAGAGGUCAAGUGCCAUGAAUGUAUUCUAAUGGAAGUGAAGGUAACAAUAUAUUAAAAUAUCUAUUUUC